CACUCGUGUUCAAACUUCCGGUUGUUAUCGGUCUUCGACAGUUGUUUACAAUGUUUGCUGUGAACUGUCUUUCUUCGUUAAUUGAUUAAAGAUUUAGUGAGUAUUGAAUCUAAAGAGACCGAUUAGCACAGAAACACGGAACUAUUGGUCCACCACUUGAUUAAAACGGUAAGAGGUGAACACAUGGCUGUCGGAUGGUCAGACUCGGUAACCUGGUAAAGCAAUAGGAUGGAGAGUCACGCGUACAUGACCUAUUGACCUUUUACUUCCUGCGUGAGGGCUGUCCUCAUUGUCCGUAUACCUCUCUCCCCAUCUCAGCGACAAGCUAUGGCGACAGAGAGCAAGCAAGCAGUAUAUACAGUCAAUGGCAAGGCACUAGAGGUGGAUCUGAAAGGGCAAGAUAUUGUCUGGGAGAAAGACCGACAUGGACACAGCCUGUUGUUUCAAAUGUUUGAAGGUGUCCGGUGUGCCUGCUUUAUUAAUCCCGUCAGAUUAAUUAAAGUCAGAAACUUCAAGCUCCGUCCAGAUGACAUCUACUUCCCUGGGUAUCUAAGAACAGGCGGGCACUGGGUAUGGGAGAUGACGUGCAUGCUGGUCAGUGGUCAAGCUGAGACCAUAACCCGCUUUAAGGACUAUCUGGAGAUAACUCCUACUGAAGACCUUGACAACCAACCCUCGCCCCGUGUCCUCAACUGUCAUAACCACUUGACACAUGCGCCGUCAGACCUGAAGGAGAAGAAGUGCCGUGUCAUCUUCACGGUGCGUGACCCUAAGGACGUCGCAGUAUCGUUGUAUAAGAUGCAUCAUGGUCAUCGCGACGCCUGUGGGAAUGUUUACAACGGAACAUUUGAAGAUUUCCUCCAGUUAUUCCUGGAGCAAAGAGUAAACAAAAAUGGCAUAUUUGAACACCUGCGAGAAGCUGAGAAGUAUUUCCAAGAAAACCCAGAUAAACCUGUUCACUUCCAGCCUUACGAAGACACUUUAAAGGAUCCAGUGGCAGCCGUGCAGGCUUUGUCUGACUUUUUGGGACUAAAGAGGGAUGAUGCCCUGUGCUGUGCAAUUGCUGAGAAAUGCCACUUCUCAAAUAUGAAAUCAGCCAAAGAUGCCCAUGCUAUGAAGAUUGAUGGUGCAAAUUAUCUUUUCGGGAAAGGCGUCUCUGGGGAGUGGAGGAAGUGGUUCUCUGCUUCCAUGCUGGACGACUAUUACAGGGUCUAUGAGGAGUGGAUGAAAGGAUCCAGAUUCUACGAGCGGUACAACAGAGAUAACGAUACACCGUUGUAGAAGAGUGGGAAUGGUGUUGUUACCGCUAUAAUUAAGCAAACCUAUAUGAAAUAUGUUUUAUUAAUUAAGCUUAAUUCAAAAUUAUUUAUUUUGUUACUAUAAGAUUAAAUUCU